CCACCACCUGUCCCACACAUUGCACGCUUUCGCAUCGGGCUCGCGGCGGCAGGUUUCGAGCCGAUUCUUGGGAGGCAAACGUGGUCGCGACUGCGAUCACCAUCCACGGUCGCGGCGCCGAAAGCGACCGAGAGCGACCGCCCCAGCGCCGCCUUCCACGACCCCCCAGCUCCGCUUUGAGCUCUCCUAGCUCAUGACGAUUACGACACGAUCCUGGGACGAUGUGAUGGAAGCCGAAGCGCAAUGUCUGACACAGAAGAUGCGCCUCCGGCGAGCGGCGAGAGCCCAGGCGUCGGGGAGACGAGCUCGCCCCCACGCGACAAUGCCGACGCCGAUGUCCCCCAGCUCGAGGGGCCCUCGUCUGAUUCCGGUGCGAUAGGUUCGGCCGACGGCUCCGAGCAAGCCACUCGCAACCACCGCGAUGCCAUCCGCGAGCAAUUCGAGGAGGGGUCCGAAGUGAGCUCCAUGGACGCCAGCUUGGUGGACGCCGUGCCGUGUCGAGCCGGCAGCCCAGUCGAUUCGGUCACCUCUGGCCCGGGCUGCUCUCCGUCUGUUCAGGGCUCCUUCAUGUCCUCUCCCGGAAGCAGUGUCCUGCCGUCGGUAGCCCUGCGAGCCGACCUACGAAGCCCUACGCCGUCCUUCCGACCGUUCGAUAGACGCUUCCAGUCCCGCAUCUCGAGCUCAUCCUCCGCCCACACGCUGCGGCCCUCCUCACCUGCCUUUCUAUCCCCGCAUAGCCGUAACGUCUCCCUGAGCUCCAACUUCCUGCUCGACCAGGCAGAGGCGGACACGCCUACGCCACCGUGGGAGGUCGUGCGAUGGACGAGGCUCAAGAAGAUCAACGGCCAGGCCUUCUCCGAAGCUGGCCGUCGCAACUUUGGCGCACCCACCUGCCUUGCUAUCUCGGCAGCGAUUGUUAUAGGAACCUCAAAGGGUAUAAUCUUAAUGUUUGACUACAAUCAGAAUCUCAAGAUGAUCAUCGGACAAGGCACCAAAGCCGUCGAAUCUGGGGCAGUUACCGCACUCGCUAUAUCUGCGGAUCAUACCACAAUUGCUGGCGGGCAUGCCAACGGCAGCAUAUUUACCUGGGACACCUCCAGGGCAGCACGGCCAUUUCUCACCAUUCCUCACCUGGACGAUGCCCAGGCGCAAAACCAUACUGCGGAUGGGCACGUGGAGAACGUGUCUGUGAUUCAUCUGGGCUUCUUGGGGACGCGACAUACUGCUCUCGUUUCAGCCGAUGACCGAGGGAUGGCCUUCUCGCACCUCGCAACAAGGGGCACGGGGGCCCUCGGUCGCACGGUCAGGACGACGAGGAUCCUGGGUCGGUACCCCAACGCACCGACUCCCGCUGGGAAGCCGCUCAAGCCGAGCACGGUACUUGCGUUUGCGCCCCUCCCCCUGGGAAACGUCGAGCAAGCCACAGACUCGAUGGGCCUGACGGCCAUGCUCACCCCUUAUCUUCUGGUGAUUGUCUCUACGACACCAGUUGCUCAGACCCAGCAUAAGUCGGCCAGGCCAAAGGACGUUCCAGCCCACAGCGCCAUGACGGGUUGCUUAGCCUGGUUUCCCGCUGUCAAGUUAAAGGUUCCCGACCCCGUCACGGGAAGCGACGUGUCCAAGGUGAAGCUUGUCUACUGCUGGUCGAAUGUUCUUACCGUGCUGGACGUGGACGAGAUACCGAGCGAGAGCAAGGACCAGCCGCCCUCGCUCAAGUUCAAAGCCCGGAGCAGAUGGAAGUGCGAAGAAGCCAUUGUCGCGGUCCAGUGGCUGAGCCGCUCCGUCUUGACCGUCCUCACCAUCUCACAGAGGUUGAUCGUGCUGGAAGACAGAAGUAUGCGGAUGACCGACGCCAUCGACCUUCUGCAAAAGUACAUUUACCACACGGAUCUGUUCUCCAAGCAGCUACAUGCACUGGUGGAACAGCUCGAUGAGUCUGACCAGACCAUGCACGGCGUCGUAGCCGACGCUUUCUACAUGAGCUUUAAGGCGUACAAAGGUAGAAUCUUCCUACUCGGGUUUAACGAAGUGUCGAUCGGGGCGCUGUCUAACUGGGCGGACCGGCUCAUCGCCAUGAUGGAAAAUGGUGACUACCUUGGUGCCAUUCGACUAGCUACUUCUUACUAUACUGGUGACGCCGAUAAGCUCACGGUCGGGCUGCCAGAGGAUAUAAAGCUGCGACAUUCGAUGGUACAGGAUAAAAUCAUGGAAAUAAUCACGGCAUCGCUCAAAUAUGCCUUUGGGCAAAGACAAAAGGGUAGCCCCGAAGCCGACGACGAUCACUUGCGGCAGCUGGCUGAGACAUGUUUUGUCGCAUGCCAGGCUAUCGGGACAACAGACUAUCUCUUCGACGACAUGUACGAUUGGUACGAGGGCGCCGAUGUGAGCGGCAUAUUCCAUGAGACGCUGGAGCCGUAUAUUCUGGACGAGGCGAUAACUGUUGUUCCUCCCGGUGUGGUGAAGGACAUGGUCGCCCACUACGUGACCAAGGGCUGGGAGAGCAGACUCGAGGAGAUGAUUUGCCACAUGCAAACAACAACCCUUGACCUAGACCAGGUCACACUUCACUGCAAACAGCACAGCCUUUACGAUGCCUUGACGUAUGUCUGGAACCAGGCCCUCGGCGACUACAUAACCCCGAUGGUCGAUCUCCUGAGUCUCCUGCUGCCGUUGAUGACAAACGGGGAUAGCACCGCACAGACCGACGACUACUACAGUGUCAACGCGCUCAAGAUCUUUCCAUACCUCUCUUACACCUUGACAGGGAGGAUAUACCCGAACGGAGAAAUGAUGGAAGAGGAGACGGCGAUUAAAGCCAAAUCCGAGAUCUACUGGUUCUUCUUCUCCGGGAAAACCAUCGAGUGGCCAGCGGGCAGCGGGCGCGAGUUCUUGACUCGAUCAGGAGACGAGUCAGAACCGGCGUUCCCAUAUCUGCGCAUGAUUCUCAAGUUCGACGCGCCCAGCUUCUUGAGCGCGCUAAACGAGGCGUUCGAGGACGGUUUCCUCAACGACUCUCCUGACAAGCAGGUCACUGGCGGUUCGCGGAUGGACAUGCCAGAGGAGCAGAUCUUCGGGUUGACCAUCAAUCGCCAGUACAUCAUCACCAUCUUGCUUGACGUCAUGAAUCCGGACGACUUUGCUCGAGAGGACGCCAUCUACCUGGACAUGUUCAUUGCGCGAAAUUUGCCAAAGUUUCCGCAGUACCUCCUCUUCUCUGGAUCGACUUUAUCCAGAGUUCUUGAGGGGCUGUGCAACUAUCCCGGCGAGGACCUCGCGGACGACGCUCAGCUCAGCGCAGAGUAUCUGUUGUCGGUGUAUCACCCAUCAGACAUGGCGGCGAUGCUACCUCUCUUCAGACAGGCUGGCUUCUAUCGCAUCUUGAAGCGCACUUUCAAAGUCGAGAAACAAUACGCCAAACUUUUGACCACCUACUUUGAGGACCCCGAAGACCAAGAGGCCGUUUUCGACUGCAUCUUGAACUGCCUCCGGCCACAGACAGGUUUGGAUAGUAGACAAAGCAGAGAGGUGCGGCAAGUGAUUGAGGGGCACGCACGAGACCUCUUGGCCCUCAGCCCGAGGAGAACGGCAAGCACAUUGAGGCACCAAGAUGCAGCUCUCCACCGACACGUAAUUGAGUCGGCACAGGACGCGCCGGAGCUGCAGCACGCCUACUUAAAGGCCUUGCUAGAAUCCGAUCGUCUAUCGGACGAGCAAAGCGAGCUGUUGGAUCGAGAUUUGGUGGAACGCUACGUCCAACUCAUGUGCAAGUUCGACCCGCAGCACGUGUCCGACUACGUCGAAACGGUUCAGUCUACAAAUCUCCGGUUGGAAGUCCUGCUGCCAACCAUGGAGGCCACGCAAGUUGUCGAUGCUGCUGUCGUACUCAUGGCCCGCGACGGGCAGAUAACGAAUGCCAUGGGGCGGCUGGUCAAGCAUCUGCACACUCUCGAAUCUGCGAUGCAAGGCCUAUUGAGCGGCGGCGAGGAGCGAAGUGGUGGUGGCGAACUUGACAUUCAAGCGUCGGCCGAAGAGCUUCUGCACGGCUUGCAAAAGUAUGUCCACGUCGGUAUUUGGCUCUGCCAGGGCCAGACCAAAACGUCUAGGAAGAGCACAGUCGUUCAAAACGAGUCAUCGUCAUCUAAGGACGGUCUGUCACCAGACGAGGCUCUCUGGCUGACGCUGAUUGACGCCUGCGUCCAAGUCACGAAACGCCUGUCGCCGGCCAUACUAGUCACGGCCAGUGACGAGGAAGUCGACGAGGAAAAGUUACUCGCGCUGCUUCGUUCGUUGGUUCAGCAUACCUUCACGGCGCUUCUGACGGCGACGUCCAGCCAGGCACAUGGCCAGUCGGGCAGCAAGAUGCUGUCCAAUGCGGGCUCGAAUCUAUCCUUUCUACGUGUCCUAAAGGCGUUUCUCACCCAGGCUGCCGCAUCGUCGCCCAACCUGGCUGAUCUCCGCGGGGUCCUGGCUUCUAUCUUCUCGGCCUAUGCGUAUGAGGAAUCGAUCUUGCGUCUGUCGAACCGCCUCCUGGAGCGAAGUCUUUUUGUCAGUGUCAACCAAGCCGUCGAGCUGAGACAGCGUGGCUGGCGACCGCGAGGAUCUACGUGUGAAGCAUGCGGGAGGCGGGUCUGGGGGCCGGGCGUCGCGGGCGGCGUCGUCUUCGAAGCCUGGGAGGACAAGCAGGCCAUGGAGGAGGCGGCGAGGAAGGAUAGGAAAGCACGGGCUGCGGCGAGGGCCACGGGCAAGGCGGGCGAGUCUGACGGCAAGAAUAAGGGCAAGAGCCUCGACACGCGGCCGUCGAGCAUGCUCAUGGAACCUGACACGUCGAGCGGCGGCAAGGAUGCACCCUUGGGCCCGCUCGUCGUGCUGGCCUGUCGGCACAUCUACCAUCAGAGUUGCCUGGAUGCGCUGCAGGAGAGGCAAGAGAAUGGGGUGCUGGGGCGGGAGCGAGAGUACAGAUGCCCCGUUGAUGGAUAGAAUGGGCAUGUACUUACCUACCUACCUACUUAUGCGCGCGCGUGUAUGUAUGUGCCUGUACAAUAGCCAGGAUGUCGAGAUGAGCGAUUAUGAAGCGUUGUAUUAGCAGAGAAAAUACUGGCAA